GAGGAAGAUGGGGGAGGAAACAAAGAGGAGUGCUUGUAUUUAAAGGGUGUGUUCCUCACCAUGGUUUGUAAGAGCGGUGGGGAGCUUCAGGAUUUGGUGUUUUAUGCUGAGAGCAGCGAGGAGCUGAGGGUCAAAGCAGGGUCACUGUGAGCGCUUUUUCCAGGUGUGUUGAGAUGCAGCGUAACAGCAGCAACAGCAGCUUGACUCAGCAGCUCGGCGAAAGAUGGCUGACCUUGAUGAACCGCCUUCAAGAGGAUCCCAAGAUUGCACAGGUGAUAAGUACAAAGGUUGGGCAGUACCUCCGCAGUCGGCCUUUCUUAGCUCUUGCCCUGCUGCUGUUCAGCGCCAUGGCUGCUCUACCUGUUGGGGUCUUCCUCCUGUUUGCCCUCAUUACGAUAGUUAUGUCAGUUGUGGGAUUUGUUUUCUUUGAGGUGUUUCUGCUGUUUAUUGGAGGAAUGACUCUGCUGUCUGUGCUCUCCGGCAUCGCCCUCUUCUCCCUGGUGGUCUCGGUCAUCGUUACCGGUGUGUUCGUCACCAUUCCCAAUCUGCUGAAGCGUUACUACCCUCAUGUGACAAAGAGGAAGAAGAGUGAAGAAGAGACUCCAGGACUGAAGCAGCAGUAGGGAAAUGCCUCUGUCUUCUCUGUGACUGGAGUUUUUACGCCUCUCAACAGAAGAUGGUCAGGAUCUGAGCCACUAAGCUCAAAAUCUCUGCCAAGGUCGUUUCUUUAUGAAGCAGCAAGUGUCCUUGCUGCUGUAGUGAAAGGAGUGUGAAGUUUUAUUUGUUUCCAGUGCAAUAUGUAUGAGGUUUUUAUACUGCUCACUUCUCCAGUUUGGGCUUAAGAACUGAUCUCUGUUGAACAGGUCAAAUCUUCAUCCUGUUUCAGGACAGUGAUGCAGCUACAGCAGCAUAUUUUCUCCAAAUCUGUUCUAGGUCCAUUUUUAGUUACAAAAAGUAUGUAUAAUAUUUAUAUAGUUUGUUAAAUAAUAAUUUUACACAGUGAAAAGCAUAUCAGAUCACUAGUGUCCUAUUUUUAAGGAUAUAAAGCUGUUUUAUGGUAAUUUUAAUAAUUUCUAGGAAUCUAGUAUUCCUUUUUCUUACAAGAAAUCCUAGGGGCAAAUGUAGUGGUACUAAGACCUGAGACCAUACUUAAACUAAUCAGAGCAUUAAACAUUUGGUCAUCCUCAUGUGAGCUGAUGUUUGAUGCUCUCUGGCCUGGAGGAGGAGAGAUUGUAACCCAGAUUUUAUGUUUCAUGUGCCAUCUCCUGCCAAAAUUUCUACAUUUAUGUUAAGAAUUGUUUCAGUUAUUUUGUUUGUUUGUUUGUUAUUUUGCAUCAUAUUUAUCAUCCAAGUUUUAAUUUUGCUCUCAAUGCAUUAAUACUAACACAUCAAUCAAUGAAGUAAAAGUAUUUUUAUCUUGCAGUCUUUCAUUCAUAAUUGCAUAGGUUUUUCAAUAAAAUGCACAUGUGGAAAAACUGUUUUCUGACAAUAACAGCUCAGUUUUUAGAAGUAAUGUGUUUAUUGUAGUCCUUCAGGGAACCAAUCCAAAACACUUAAUGCUGACGAUUAAAGAGUUUUAUUUUUUUCUUAUUGUAUCAUUUGUACUUGAAGUGUCAAAACAUUCAGACUGCCUGCAAUGUACAUGAGGUGUUUGUUUCCAGCAUUGUGUGGGACAAAAGCCAAAAUUUUCCAGCAGAAAGUUGCUUUAACAUAUCUUCAAUUAUCAUGAAUAUAUUGACAAGUUUGAUCAUGUGAAUGAGCAUUUGAAAACUGACGAAAAAAUUAUUCUCCGAUUUCAAUCUCUAUUAGCACGUUCAUUGAAUUCUGUGUUCCUCAUUUAGAUUAUUAUCAUGAACUUCAGACUAAGCUGCUUUUUCUAAAGGUUUGUUCUAAAACACUGGUUGUCAUGUUUUGAAGUACAGUUUUGUAAAAUCUGCUUUAAGACAUUUUGUGCAUAAUUAACAUAUUUUGCUUUCUUUCUUCAUUUGAGUUUUCCACAUAUUGGAAAGAAAUAAAUGGAUUUUGUUUAAAAUGG